GUUCGUGGUAAUCCCAGAAAUGUCUGGACACGGAUGGUAACCACUUUGAGCACCUCUUGUAAUCGUAGAAGUCAAAUGUGACUUGUAUUCAUCUUUUGUUAUCAGUGUAUAUUAUUACAAUUAAUACAGUUUUUUUCCUUUCUUACAACACGUGUACUUUUUUUGGCACCCUCUGUGUAUAUGUAUAUAUAAAACCUUUAAGGUAGGAAUAACAAUAUAUAACCAAGCAAUUCAGUCACACUGGCUGAUUAGUAACAGGCAGAGUAAAUUUCAGAUCCAUUCCGUACUUAGGUUAUAAGACCAUUUCUUGGAUUUUAGAGACUGACUCACUUUUCUAAUUUAAGUCCAUGGAGUCAGCGAUGGCACGUCUCUGCAUGACUUCUGCGGAUGCACACCCAGCCAGCUCGCCCGCCCUCGCUGGAACAGUUAGUUUUGAGGGGUGCUUUUCACGCUUGAGAGACCCCAGCAGCAUGGACCCCCCCCCCCAAUUGCUCACAGUCGGGACCUGCUUGUUAACGCCCCUUGAUUGUCUCACCUCCCUCGCAAUCUGAUUCCUGGGAUCACCUCGCAGAUGAGCCCUUGAACCGAAUCGUUAACUGGGGUAGGCUUUGGGCAGGACCCUAACCCUCGCGCCCCGUCUUUGUCUCAGUGAAGUGUCCCCAUCCUUGCCUGCUCUCUAUCCCAUCUGCAGCUGACUGCAUUUCUACCUCUGUCAGUCUCCGUCUCUCUCCAGCUCUCCUUCAAUUCACCUCUUGUCUUAUUGGAAACCCUAAGACUAAGAGAGUGCGAGGAUCCAAGGCAUCCGUGGGCACCUACCUCGUAGGCUGCCUCGUGCGCCGCGCUCGCUCCUCUCGCCCGCAGGGGGCGCUGUGAGCGGAGGUGUCGUGCCGACGAGCCGCGACUCCCUGCGUGCACCGCACCGGGGCGUGGCCUGCGAGGCGGGGCGGGGCGGAGAGGAGAGCUGCUGGCGGCGGGGGAGACACCGAGGGACCACUGCCUGGGCCGGGGGGAGCCACGAAGCACCAUGGCCCAGCCGGCUGCGGUAAGAGGGGUCUUCUGACUGGACCCCCAGUUGCCUCUGACUUUUGAGGAUAUUGCCAUUUACUUCUCGGCGCAAGAAUGGCGGACUCUAGAGGCCUGGCAGAAGGAGCUUUACAAGCAUGUAAUGAGAACGAAUUAUGAGAUUCUGGUUUCUCUAGAUGGUGGGUUUCCCAAACCAGAAGUAAUAUCCCAGAUUGAACAGGGGAGAGAGCUCUUCAGGAAUUUGGGAGAACGACAGAAAUCAGAAAACAUAAUUUGCUCCUCUGCUGAUUUGUAUUUCAAUCCAGUUAUGGAGGGACAGCAGUUUUGGGGAAAUCAGCAAGCUGUGAGUUCAGGAGAGCCUGCAUGCCAUUUUCAAGCAGAUCCUCUUCAGAGCCAGUGUUCCUCUGAACCCCUAUUAGGAAAAAGGGAAGCUGUUUCCUUCACGCCUGACCAAGGCAUCACCCUCAUGAAACCACACGGACAUGACCCCCGGGCUCCAACCCCAGCAGACCCCCGCUCCAGGGAACCUACCCAAAGAGAAAGAGUCCCGAGUCCCAGAAAGCCGGGUAUCCCAGGCAUCCAAGAAAUGCCCUCCAGGGAGGGCUCCUCCCACCCUUGCCCUGUCUAUGGGGAAAGCUUCUGGAAAAAAAACCACUUAGAGAAGCACCAUAGGAGCCACUCAAAGGACCAGCCACGUGGGGCCGGGAAGAAAUUCAGCAAACAAGCCGAUCUGCAGCCUCAGCGGGGCAUCCCGCGGGGCCAGAGGCACUUCCGGUGUCAUGAGUGUGGGAGCAGCUUCCAUCUGAAGCAGUAUCUGCUUAGACAUCUGGCCGCCCACGCAGGGAAGAGCCCGUUGCAGGGCCCUGAGUGUGAUGUGUGCUUCCAUCACAAGCGGACCCUUCUCAGCCACCACCUCCUGCACAAGGAGGAGAGGCCUCCCCAGUGUCCCCCAUGUGACAAGAGCUUUCUCCUAAAGAACAGUGUGCAGGCUCACCAAGACCAGCCUAGCGAGGAGAGGCCACUGUCCCAUAGGGAAGACAACGGGACCUUCUGUGAGGAGGCCGAGCUCAGCAGUGUGCACUCGGGAGAGAAGCCAGGCCCAGGCCCAGCGCGUGAGGAGCACUGCCACCUGAAGGGGUGCAGGGCGUCUCCCCAGUGUGGCCCCACCAGGGAGAGGCCGUUCUCUUGCACCGAGUGCAACAUGUUCUUCUCGACCAGGGCCCAGCUCACCAGCCACGCCCGGGUGCACACGGGAGAAAAGCCCUUCCGCUGCCUGGAGUGUGACAAGAGCUUCCAGCUGAGCGGCUUGCUGGAGGUCCACCAGCGUGUGCACAGUGGAGAGAGACCCUUCUCCUGCAGGAAGUGUGGCAAGGGCUUCACGAAACAGUGCAAACUCACCGAGCACAGCCGAGUGCACAGCGGAGAGAAACCUUUCUGGUGUGCUGAGUGUGGCAGGAACUUCCGCCAGAGGGGCCAGCUGCUGCGGCACCAGCGCCUGCACACUGACGAGAAGCCCUUCCAGUGCCCCGAGUGUGAGCUGAGCUUCCGUCUGAAGAGCAUGUUGAGAGCCCACCGGCUCCGACACAGCGGAGAGAAGCCGUUCUCCUGCAGCGAGUGUGGCAGAGGCUUCACCCACCAGUGCAAGCUCCGUGAGCACCUGCGGGUGCACAGUGGGGAGAGGCCUUUCCAGUGCCCCGAGUGUGACAAGAGCUUCCGUCUGAAGGGCAUCCUGAAGGCCCACCAGCGCACCCACAGCAAGGAGAGGCCAUUCUCGUGCGGGGAGUGUGGCAAGGGCUUCACCAGGCAGUCCAAGCUCACGGAGCACUUGCGCGUACACAGCGGGGAGAGGCCCUUCCAGUGCCCCGACUGUGACAGGAGUUUCCGCCUGAAGGGGCAGCUGGUGAGUCACCAGCGCCUGCACACGGGGGAGAGGCCCUUCCAGUGCCCACAGUGCGACAAGAGCUACCGCGUGAAGGCCGACAUGAAGGCCCACCAGCUGCUGCACAGCGGGGCCAUGCCCUUCUCUUGUGAGUGUGGCAAAGGCUUUGCCAAGCAGUCGAAACUGGUUGAACAUAUCAGGACGCACACGGGGGAGAAGCCUUUUCAGUGUCCCAAAUGUGACAAGAGUUUCCGCUUGAAGGCACAGCUGCUCAGCCACCAAGGCCUGCACACAGGGGAGAGACCUUUCCACUGCCCUGAGUGUGACAAAAACUUCCGGGAAAAGGGACACAUGCUUAGGCACCAGCGCAUACAUAGACCGGAGAGGCCGUUUGCCUGUGGCGACUGUGGUAAGGGCUUCAUUUAUAAGUCGAAACUUGCUGAGCACAUCAGAGUGCACACGAAGUCUUGUAGUGCACCCCGUGAGCCCAACAUUAAGAAAAGGCUCAGACAGCUGUUUGCCAUGAUCGAGGCCGACUGGAGCUGAGGCUGAGCCUGGAGCCUUCAGCAGGGCUCACACUGCCUGGAACCCCCGGCAACCGUAGCCAAACACACCGAUAGACAUUUUAGGAACAGGGGCCCGUUUUUGAGCAAGAAGGUAAUACCAGCUAGGAAUAUGAGAAACCACAAAGGAUUGUCUUUCUUAAAACACCACCAGUUGUAUUUCCUAUCCAUUGCUAAAAGGAGACAUUUGUUCUUCCUGCUACCUUAAAUGGUAAUUUUCUCCCAAGUGCUAAGCCAGCUUUGAAAUCCCAGCUUGAGUUUAGACAGGAAACCCCUCCAGUUCUGUUCUCAAGGCUGAAAGAACAGUGACUGAAAUGUCAACUCUGCUUUCUUUUUUUCAUAGCGUGAUCCUCAACUGUGGGUUUGAAUACAGUGAAUCUCGUUGCAGGCCUGAUAAUGACAUUAGAUUUGGUUUUAAGUCAUUUUUUUUUUUAAAUCGACAGUAAUAAAAUGAGUUCUCUGCAUUGUAGUUUGUUUAUACAGAUGCUGUAGUUUCACAGCAGUUUCCAUGUGGUCAUGCAUAGUUCCCCUUAAGGAAAAGUUGGUCAUUUCAGCAAAAGUGGGCUAAUCUGAGUUACAGAAACAUGAAACUAAAGAUGCUAAGACGUAUGGGACUAGAAUUUAGAUAAGCGAUUGGGAAAGGAGUGUCAAUUUGGGAGUUCCAGAACAGAGAUGCUAUUUGAAGCUGAGAGAGUGAAUGCGAUUCCCCUUCACAGACAGAGUGACUAUCUAAGCAGGUGACUAAAUUAAGACAAAAUAACAAAGCUAAACAAACUUUAUCAGGGAGUAUUACAGGCAUCAACAGCUUCAUGUGGAGAGUUUUCAAGCAAAUGUUAAAAGGAAGCAUAAUACAAGAGGAAGUCCAGCAAAAUACCACAUUUGGUUCAUUAGGUGAGGCUUCUGUGAGCACAGAAUGUUUAUGCUUCAGGGACAGAGCUGUGUUUCAUACAGAGGAUUCCAGACUUUCAGGGGUCCGUGUUUAGAGCAACCUCUUUCCUCAAGUGAUCGGACACUAACAAAGGUGACUGAUAAUAUUAAGAGAUUAUGUCACUUAGGUUUGUAAUCACUCAGAGACAUGGUGAUGUCUUUUGUGUUUACAGAGUAGCCAGCCUCACAAAACAUGGAGAUAGACUCAUCGUAAGCAAAAAGGGAUGGUGGCCCUGCCCAGAUGAGCGCUGUGGUGUGGGGACCCGGAGGAAGAGGAUGUGACUGUCAGGUAGAGGUUUUGCGGGAGACUGCAGGCCAGGACCUCUAGUGGGGCAUCCACACGUUGUUACAAUGAGAGGAUCUCAGAGAUAGUGAAAGAUCCAGAGUGUGGGAGUUUGGUUAGCAAUUGGAUGUGUCUUGGAGGAAGUUGAGAAAAAGUAGUAUCCAACUAAACCACAGGCGCCCCAGGCUGCUCACACUAAAAAUGAAAAACACACCAAAGCGCUGUUUAAAGAAUAGAGGGACUUCUGGGAAAGAAGGUGUCAUGAGCACGGGCUCAUAAAACUUCCCUUGCUAUCCUGUCCCAAUUCCUGAACAGAAAAAAACCAAUG